CGUUAAACUUGACGUGGACUUUAGCAGCUGGUUGGCCAUUUCAUUUUAACUUUCAAGAAAUGUGCGAGAAAAUAUUUUAAACUCAUACUUACUGUAUGAAAACUCAAUUUUAAGUAAUAAAGAAAAGUAUAAUUAAGUUGUCUGGCUAAGCAACAUGUCUUUAAGUUGUAAAAUGUAUGGACUGGUGUGUUUAGUAUUGUUUCCGCUAUUAGUAAGUCAAAACACUGAAGCUGCGGCAGUGAUAUCGAUUGAUUUUGGUUCAGAAUGGAUGAAAAUAGGUAUAGUUUCGCCGGGAGUGCCGAUGGAAGUUGUACUUAACAAAGAAUCUAAACGAAAAACGCCGGCGGUAGUGGCAUUUAGAGAUGAUGUGAGGACAUUUGGUGAAGAUGCAGUAACCGUGGGAGUGAGGUUCCCUAAGAACUCGUACAAAUACCUUUUAGAUCUCUUGGGCAAACCAUAUGAUCAUCCAUUAGUUCAAGCUUACAGGGAAAAAUUCCCAUACUAUGAAAUAGUGCCCUCAGAAAGAGGUACACCAGAGUUUAUUCAUGAUGAAAAGACAAGAUAUACACCUGAAGAGUUGGUUGCUCAACUGCUUGGUAAAGCUAAAGAGUUUGCUGAGAUAAGCCAUGGACAACCAAUAAGUGAGUGUGUGAUAACAGUUCCUGGAUUUUUCAACCAAGCUGAGCGCAGGGCUAUGAAGGAAGCAGCCUCAUUGGCUGGCCUUAAUUUGUUGCAGUUGAUUAAUGAUUACACAGCAAUUGGUAUCAACUAUGGAAUAUUCAGAAGAAAGGAAAUCAAUGAGUCAGCCUGGCACGCCCUGUUCUUUGAUAUGGGUGCUAAGUCAACUAAAGCAGCGCUUGUGGAGUACAAAACAGUCAAGACAAAGGAGAAGGGUUAUGUUGAAACAGUGCCACAGUUGCAAGUGAUUGGUGUUUCAUAUGACAGGACUCUUGGAGGUCUAGAGAUGACUCUGCGUCUCCGGGAACACUUAAUCAAAGCUUGGGAGUCUAAUGGCGGCGGUAACGUCAGAGCGUCCCCCCGGUCCAUGGAAAAACUUUUACGUGAAGCGGAACGUUUGAAGAUUGUGCUGUCUGCUAAUACUGAACAUUAUGCGCAGAUUGAAAGCCUCCUGGAUGAUAAAGAUUUCAAAUUAUUGGUCACCCGCACAGAGCUAGAAGAGAUCUGCGCUGAUCUAUGGCCCCGUGUUACAAAUGUUGUCCAACGUGCCAUAUCAGCGGCUGCCGGUUCCGGAGUUGGAGCCAGGCUGAUAGUAGCUGGAGGUGGCUCCAGGGUCCCUGCUGUGCUUGAAGCUCUGAAGAAUGCUGCCGGGGUUGAACCUCAGAAGUCCAUUAAUGCUGAUGAGGCAGCUACCAUGGGAGCAGUGUACAGGGCUGCAGCGUUGGCUACCGGCUACAAAGUAGCAGCGUUCAACAUCCGCGAUGCUGUCAUGUUUCCCAUACAGGUGGUGUUCACGAGAAACGUCGACGGCAAUGAGAAACUCAUAAAGAGAACACUUUUCGGGCCAAUGAAUCCCUACCCACAAAAGAAGGUGAUCACUUUCAACAAACACACCGGCGACUUUACAUUCAACGUUAAUUAUGCCGAGCUAGAUCACAUCCCAUCAAACGAGCUCGCCAACAUUGGUGCAUUGAACCUUACUCAAGUUGUUCUGACGGGAGUCGCUGAAGCAUUAGCCAAGAAUUCCGGUGAAAAUGUUGAACAUAAAGGGAUUAAAGCUCAUUUUAAUAUGGAUGAUUCGGGGAUACUCAACCUAGUUAACGUCGAAUUUGUUGCCGAGAAAACUGUAACAGAUGAGGAUGAAGAUAAAGAUAGCACUUUGUCUAAAAUUGGUAGCACCAUUAGUAAAUUGUUCGGUUCCGAUGCGGAGACGCUAGAGCAAGGGGCACAAGAACAAGAAAAACCACAGGAAACUGUAAAUAAUGAAACACUUAAUGCAAACGAGACUACUACUGCUAAACAGAAUGCAACAGACCCAGAAAUCAAACCAAAACCUAAAUUAGUUGUUCUAAAAGAACCAAUCAAAACUGAAGAACAGAUACUGAACUUAAAACCGCUUUCUGAAGACCAAUUUAAAACUUCUAAAUCGAAAAUUGUUGAACUAUAUAAUAUUGAUAGAAAGCGAGUGGAAAGAGAGACCGCUUUAAAUAAUUUAGAGGCAUUCGUUGUUGAUGCGGCAAUGAAAGUGGAUAUGGAGGAAUUUGCUGAAUGUGGAACUCCUGAACAGAUAGAAGAGAUUAAAAAACUAUGUGCUGAGAUCUCAGAAUGGCUUUAUGAUGAUGGUUAUGAAGCACCGACUGAGCUUUAUGAAGAGAAAUUGAAAGGUCUCAAAGAAAAGACUAAUCCAAUAUUCUAUAAGCAUUGGGAACAUAGAGAACGUCCGGAUGCAAUUGCGGCUAUUCGCACAAUGAUCAAUAAAUCGCAGGAUUUCUUGAAAAUGGCCAAGAACCUUACACAGAAUUCCGAAUCUGAUAAUGAUGUAUUCACUGAUGUAGAAAUAUCAGUUCUUGAGAAGAAGAUAGAAGAAACAGAAUCUUGGCUCUCUAAAAUAAUAAAAGAGCAGGAGGCUUUAAAGAAAAACGAAGAAAUCAAAUUAACGGUUGAGAGUAUUCGGGAGAAAGUAACCAUUUUAGAUCGUGAAGUAAAAUAUCUGCUUAAUAAGAUGAAAAUAUGGCGGCCUAAGAAACCGAAGAAGGAUGCUGAGAACAAGACUGAGACGGUUACUGAACCGGAAAAGUCUGAUGAUGAACCGGUGCAGGAAGAACAACCUGAAACGCAAGAACCGGAAUCUGAACCGAAAUCGGAAACCCCACAAACCGAUGGAACGACUGAAACACCGCAAUUAGACGUGGAACAUUCCGAAUUAUAAAUAUUUGGCUUAAGUUAUUUAUAUUUAGCAUAAUUUAUUUCCUAUUAUGAGCGUUCGCUUUUUGUACCGCGUUCAAAGCACAAUGUAUUGUUUUGUUUUGAAAUUAGAUUAUAUAAAUCUCGUUACAAUUUUGACAUGUCUGUAUAUGUGUGUGCCCCAAUUUGUUAGAAUUGAUAUGUGCAAAAACCGAACGCUACCACAUAGUAAAUUCUAUCACCUGUCUUGACUGUGUCAAAGUCCUAAAUCAUUUAAAAUCUCAACCGCAUCAUCGAUGGUAAUUUCAAAAGGACCAAGAUCAUCUACAAAGUCAUUUCUACUUAGCUGUAUUUCUAAUUUAUUGUUAAUUAAUUGUGGGUUAGUGUUUUUCUGUGUUGUAAUGAAGUGGACAAAGAUGUAUUAAACGUAUUUAUUAUUAUUGUCCUGUGAUAGUGUUCUUUAUACCCUGCAAGCCUUUCUUACGGUAUUACUGUUACAAGUAAAAAUAAUUAAAUUAUUUACCAAAUACUUAGAAGUUGUGACUGCUUCUUGUAUGCAGUGUUUGUUUGAAUACUGAAUAGCCCGAUAAAGAAUUAUUUAAGUCAAAAUAAAUUUUACUUUCUCAUCGGGGACGAUAAAAUGUUAGCACAAUAUGUCUUUAAAAAUACAGUAAAAGAUUUAGAAAAAUCUUACCAUGAUAUAAAUACAGGUUGCUGUUACUAAAAAAAAACUAACUUUAGACUGGCCCAGUGCAAUAUUAUGGAUUAUUGUUAUAUGAUUUCUUACUUGUAACAUUAGUAAAUUGUUUUGAUGAAAUUAUUUUUACAUAAUAUUGUAAAUGUGAUAAUGUAACGGUUUGAUGUUCGUCGUAAGUUGAUAUGAAUCCAGUCGCAAAUAAAUUAUUGGAAAUGAAAA